AUGUUUAUCGAGUCCCUCACAGGAUCUUUCAUAGUAGAGAGCCAGAUCGUAGCCCCUCCCCUUCAACUCCAACCAGGAUUUCCACUCCAAAAAUCUGAACUGCUGGCCCGUCUCGAGCAAGGCCAAGAGGCCUGGACCCCAGAAGUCCAGAAUUCUAAUGAAGACACCGAGGAAAAUCCAGUUAAACUGCAGCAGACUGGAUGGUCAGAGCCAGGGACGUGGUGGAAUUCCUACCGGAGCCCCAUCAGUGUGCCCAGUUCGGAUUCAUCCAGUUCAGAUAAUGAAUCCUCGAGUGAGAAAGAAGAGGAGAAGAAUGUUAAACAGGAAUGUCUCAGGAUAACCAAGCCCCGGGCGGCUUUGCUGGGUAGAUGUGAGGUGAAGCAAGAAGGCUGUGAGCCUUGGCAGAGCGAGCGGCUGGGACAGCCGCAGGGCAGUAUGAGGAUGCCGCUCUGUUGGACCAGAGAAAAAGACCGAGGACUCGUUAAGAGCAGAAAGGGGAAACGGGGUGCAGAUCCAGGGAAGGAUCUGUUUGUGUGCCCUCAGUGUGGGAACAGCUUCAAUAGGAAAUCAUCGCUUAAGAGGCAUUUAGCAACAAUCCAUGAUACAGCAAAACCCUACGAAUGGCCCCCCCGUAGGAAAACCUUCCUAGAAAAAUCAAACCGUGGAACACGUGCCAGGAGACACAUGAGAACUUCCCGUUUGGGGAGGGAACCCUAUGAAUGCCCUGAGUGUGGGGAAAGCUUCAUGACGAGCACCUCUUUCACCCAGCAUCAGAGGAGUCACUCUGGUGAAGCAACAUACCAGUGUCCUGCAUGUGACAAUCUCAUCAAACAUCUGAUGACAGCCCACUCAGGAGCCCAUCUCUCCAAUUGCCCUGACUGUGGAAAAGCCUUUCUAAGAGAGGGAGAUCUCACUAUGCACCGGGCAAUGAUCCAUGGGGGAGAAAGUUUCCAUCAGUGUCUGGACUGUGGGAAAUGCUAUCAGGAGAAAUUGUCCCUAAUCAGACAUCAGACGCUGCACGCAAAGAAAGGUCCUUAUAAGUGCCCAGAUUGUGAGAUGACUUUUGCAGAUAGCAGAAGACUGGCCAAUCAUUCGCGCAUCCACAAAACCCAGAAACUUCACAAAUACUUGGACCAGGAGGGCAGUGACACAGAAGAAUAUGUCCACACAUGCCCUGAUUGUGGAGAGUGUUUUAAGACCGAACAAUGUUUUGUGAAUCAUCAGAGAACCCACAUGAAGGAGCAACAAUGUCAACAGCCUGACAAAGGGGACAACUUGAAGGGAGGAACACAAAAAAAUGAAAGCCACGUAGAAAUGCAGUGCAGUGCAGAGUCUGCUGGUAGAAAACCCCUUGGGGCCGGUUUAACCCAGCCAAAGGUUGAAAUGGAAGAAACUCUCCACACAUGUCCUGACUGUGGGAAGUUCUUCAGGGACAGUCAAUGUUUUGCUAAUCAUCGGAGCAUGCACAUUAAAGAAGAAACAUCUGGCAGUGCUGAUGGUCCGGAAACGGUUGAGGAAAGAAAGCUACCCCAUGCUGGCCAACAGGAAGGGCAGAUGAAAGAAAAUCCCUAUCAGUGCUGUAGCUGCGGGAAAACCUAUGCAAGCCAAUAUAAUCUCAACAGGCAUCAGCGCAUCCAUGCAGACAGCAGACCCUAUAAAUGCACCAUCUGUGGGAAAACCUUCACCUACAGAUAUACUCUACUCCAUCAUGAAGCAACCCACACAGAAGGAAAAACCUGUCUGCAUAACUGUUCUUACUGUGGGAAAGGGUUCACCACCAAAACAUCCCUCUCGAGGCAUCUGCAACUGCACGUGAUGGGCAGGCCCUAUCAGUGUGGUGUCUGUGGGAAAGCCUUCGCCUACAGGUAUUCUCUCACUCAACACCAGGAAACCCAUAUGGAAGGACAGGCCCAGAAAUGCCUUUUCUGCUAUAAAGUCUUCAGGACCAAACAUUCCCUCAGCCGACACAAGCGCAUCCACAUGGAGACGAGAUCCUACCAGUGCUCUGUUUGUGGGAAAGCCUUUGGAACCAAAUAUUCCUUCUGUAGACAUCAGGAUGGACAUUUGAAUGGAAGUCUAAGGCGUUCUUCCAGCAGCAGGAAAGGUCUAAUUGAUGCCUCGGCCCUGGCAAAAGACCAGGCUAGCGACACAGAUGAAAACUCCAAUAACUGGUCCGAGAGUUCAACUCUCUCUGGGCACCAUGGGGAAGAAACCCCUGCUCAAUGUUCCAAGGGUGUGGGUGGCUCCCUGCCUGCUAAAGGCCAGAGCGUCCACAGGGAAGAAAAUCCCUCUAAAGGAUUAGACGUGAAAGAAUCUCCUUCUGAAUUCUCCAAGAGAGUUGACAGUGACAUUCUCACUAAGCAACAGAACACCCAAUUAAAAGAACAUUCCAUGAAAGGUUUAGAUGGUGCUGAAACCCCCAGGGGUCACUCAGUGGUCACUAAAGAACAAGGUAGCCAUGCAGAAGGAAAUGUCCAUGAAGGGACUUACAGUUUGGUCUCCCCUAGGCAACAGGGAGCCUGUACGGGAGAUAGCCUCCCAAAAUUGUCUGAGAAGAGGGAAGGCUUCACAGCUAGUUUGACCCUUACUAAACAUCAGAACAUCCACGUUGGAGUCAAUUCCAUUCCGGGAUUAAACAGUGACCAACCCUGCAAGGGCAGCUCAACCCGCUCUGGCCUCCAAGGUGUCACAAUGGGCAAACGACAGUAUGUAUGUUCUCACUGUGGGAAAUCUUGCAGAGACAGAUAUUCCCUCAAAAGACAUGAGAGAACCCACACAUCGGAGAGGCCGUAUCAAUGCCAGAAGUGUGGGAAGAGAUUCCGCGAAACCAAAAACCUCAUCAGGCAUCAGCUAACUCAUACAGACCUCCGUCCCUAUCCGUGCACCGAAUGUGGGAAAUAUUUCAAGUCCAAGUCAAGCCUUGAUAAACACCAGAAUGUCCACAAGAAACCUUUUAGCUGUCCUUUUUGUGGCAAAAGAGUCACCACCAGCAGCAUUCUUAAGAAUCACCUGAGAACCCACACAGGAGAGAAACCAUUUAAAUGUACUCAAUGCGGCAAAGAUUACAAAACAAAGGCAGCCCUCAACAAACACAAGGAGGGACAUUUCAAAGAGAACUCAUCAGAGGUCCCCAAAGUGGAUCAGUCUAAUCAGAUUUUUUAAGUCUUGUUUUCCGAUGGUGCAGUGGGACAGUCCCUGACUGACUAUACAUAGUGCUUCAAGACUCAGCCUAGGAUGUGUCAGGACAGAAACAUUUGCAUGUUCCAGAGAGGUAGCCAGGUUAGUAAUU